AUGCGACAGCUUAUGCUGCUUCUAAUGGCUAGUACUGUAACAGCAAUAGGCUCGAAAGCCCCCAAAGAUACUGAUCCUAUUAUUGUAGUAGGUGGUGGUCUAGCCGGACUUUCAGCUACUAUUGAAGCUCUGGAACACGGGGCGAAUAAGGUUUAUUUGGUUGAUAAGGAGAAGGAUCUAGGUGGAAACAGUGCUAAAGCUACUAGCGGUAAGUGUGCUAUUAAUUUAAGAUUGAUUAGGCUAAAAUUAAUAGAAAAGGCGCUAAAUAUGUAAAAAAUUGAUGAGAGUUUGAAAAUAAAUCACAUUUUACUCAUUUUUAGGUAUAAAUGCAUGUGGAACAGAAACCCAAAAGAAUCUGGGCAUUGAAGACAGUAGCGACAAGUUCUACACGGACACGAUGAACGCCGGUGACCGUGAGAACGACCCAAACUUGGUGGAUGGAUUAGUGAGUUAUUAUUUCUUUUUAUGGUCAUCUAUCUGUGAAAGUGACGUGUUAUUAAAGUUUGUUCUUUAGGUGAGAAAUUCAGAAUCUGCUGUUGAGUUCUUGAUUGGUAAAGGUGUUGACCUAACGGCCAUCAACCUUUGUGGAGGACAUUCUGUACCCAGAACGCAUUGGUGAGUCUUGAUUUUUUAUUUUAGCAGUAUCUUUAGUUUUAAAAUGGUUUUAAAUCAAGGCGUAUUGUCAAUGGUGGUCUGUAGCCUAGCUGUAUGUAGUUUUUCGUAAUUUUAUCUACCAUAACAUUACUUUUAAAAAAAUCUUUUAAAACUAAAUUUACCAUUUUAGGUUGCCAUCGCCAAAAGAAGGAAAACCUCUACCUGUCGGUGUCGCCAUCAUUAGGGCCUUGAAGAAGUACGUAACAGAAUACAAAGAAAAGAAUCCAGACAAGUUGGAAAUUCUAACAGAAACUCAUGUUCUUGGCCUAGUGACAUGGAACGAAUAUGUCACAGGAAUCAGAUACAAAACCUCCUCCAAUGACAACAUUACUGAGCUGUCUGGAAAAGCUGUAAUCCUGACGACAGGAGGGUUUAGUGCCGAUCGUAGCGACACUUCUUUACUGUCUCAAUAUGGUCCUCAACUGACAUCGUUGCCAACUACAAAUGGAGCUUUUGCGACUGGAGAUGGGGUCAAAAUGGCUAGUGCAAUGGGAGCAGCUCUGGUUGGAAUGGACAGGAUCCAAGUUCAUCCUACCGCUUUUGUGGACCCAAAAGUACCUAAUGCUCCUACAAAGUUCUUGGCAGCUGAGGCGUUGAGAGGAAAGGGAGCUUUGUUGGUGAGUAUAAUAUAUAAAAAAAGUAUAGUACAAUAUAUUGAUAUAAAUACUUAAAAAACGUUUUUAGUUAAGCGUAUACAUUUAAAAAAUGAAUAAUUGUCAGGCUAAUGAUGAAAAUGUUUUAGAUAAACGAAAAAGGGGCUCGAUUUGCUGAUGAACUUGGUCGUCGUGACUAUUUGACUCGCAAAAUCAACGAAAAUUGUGCCAAGGAUGAAGCUGCCGGUCUGCCAGUAGCCUUUAUGGUACUGAACGACGAAGUUGCUGAUGGAUUCGGAAUACCGGCUUUCAAUUUCUAUGCCAGAAUCAAGGGAUUCUUUAAGGUAAUUUGACAUUUUUCAUAUUAAAGUGGUGACAAAGUUGAUGUUUAUAAAAAAAAUUAAGCAUAAUGGCCAUAAUUUUAAAAUCAUUAUGGCUUUUGUAUUACAGUAAACGCUGCAAUAAUGUAAAUUGAAAAUUGUAAUAUUUUAUGUGCAAUAUUAAAGUAAUUUCCGAUUGAUUACAUUGACAUUUUUAGGAAUACGCUAAUGUUGAAGCGACGAAAGAUGAUUUUAAUGCGGAAACUUUGAGAAAGACACUAGAAGAUCACAAUGAACAUUAUCAAAAGGCGUUGGACAAGAAGAGCUACAAGGAUGAGUACGGUAAACAUGUAUUUCCUGUGAAAUUCGAUGUUGACAAGCCAUUGUAUAUUGCCAAGAUUACCCCAGCCAUCCACUACACUAUGGGAGGUCUCAAGAUUGACAGAAAUGUAAGAUAUUGUAUUUAUUUUAAUAUUGGAAAUGUUGAGUUAGUCCUAGUUAUUACCUCUUUUUAAUUUAAUUUGUAACUUGUCUUUUGUUUUUAAUUAUAUUUUUAAUUGCUUUUCAUUAAGAAUUGUUGCUUUAGGCGUUUGUGUUCAGCGAAUUCAUGGAUAAACCAUUCAAAGGUCUUCUGGCAGCGGGCGAAGCUUCAGGAGGAGUUCAUGGUGGCAACCGGCUGGCAGGAAACUCACUUUUGGAAUGUGUGGUCUAUGGCCGAAUCGCUGGUCAAUCAGCUGCCAAAAUCAGCUACGCAGGACAUCAAGAAUUGUAG